AUGAAUAACCCUCAAUACAUUCAUCGGUAUUAUGAUGAUGGAAAUGCGUUGAAAUUUUUGAUCGAUCAUUUUGGAGCCGAUUCCAAUGAAGUCUUUGCAUUUCGGAAUUUGCGUCCAAGGGCUUUCAAGAGCGACUUUUUGAGAUGUGCCAUUCUUUGGAUUCAUGGUGGCUUUUAUGUGGAUUCCGACAUGUUGCUGUUGUCGCCAUUUGAAAAAUGGAUACAAAAGAAUGCAACCUUUGUUAUUCCCGUGGAGAUGGACAAGCCUUUUGGUUUCAGUAAUGGUCUUAUUGGAAGCAUUCCUCGACAUCCAAUGCUUCGAACUGCCAUGGACAUGAUCAUUUACAACGUAAGGAACAAGUAUUACCCAGACGUGCCGCGACAGCUUGAACAGAAAAAUUCUUUCCUUUCUGUUCUUGCAGUUUCAGGACCAGUUCUCAUGGGAAAGGUAUAUAAUCGAUAUCUAGGAGAAGCUGAUGAGGUUCCUCAUAAUCUCAAUCUGGCUCCAACAAAGGGAAUUCAAGUACUUGGAUUUUGUAAAAUACCUCCCAAAGAUGAAGACGAAUGGUACACAACUGUUCCCUUUCCUGAGAAAUCUUCUGUGUGUAAGGGAGAAAGGUUAUUCAAACAAGAUAUCCAGGGUUUAGAUCAGAACAAGAAAGUACUGGAGAACCACAUUACUCUACUUUGUACGAUCAAAAGAAGGUGUUUUUAUCAUAAAUUAUUGAUGACAGAACACAAAGCACCUUUGCUGUGA